AUGGCUUCUUCUUCUUCUUCUUCUUCUUCUUCUUCUUUCCAUGAACUCAAAAAGCAAGCUUCUGUUUUCUUGAAAGAGAAGAUCAAAACUGCAAGAUUGGUGUUAACAGAUGUUACACCUGCACAACUAUUGACCGAAGAAGCAACAGAUGAAGAUUCAUGGCCAUCAGACACGCGUACCAUGGGAUUGAUAUCGCGUGCGGCUUUUGAAGUCGAUGAAUAUUGGAGAAUUGUCGAUGUUCUUCACAAAAGGUUGUGGAAGUUUGAUAAAGAGAAUUGGAGAGGAUCUUAUAAGGCUCUUGUUUUAUUGGAGCACUUGCUAACUCAUGGUCCAGAGAGAGUUUCAGAAGAAUUUCAAUGCGAUAAAGAGGUUAUUAAGGAGAUGAGUAUUUUUCAAUAUCUUGAUGAAAAAAGAUUCAAUUGGGGAUUAAGGGUAAGAGAGAAAUCCGAAAGGAUUUUGAAACUACUUGAUGAAGAUCGGUCUUUUUUGAAACAAGAGAGGAGUAAAGCCCGUGAGCUUACAAGUGGGAUCAAAGGUUUUGGUAGUUUUACUCAAAGAAGUAUCGAGAAAAGAUUGGAAGAAUCAAGAUCACAAAUAUAUUUUAGAUGUAAUUACAACAACGAUGGAGAUGAAGUAAACAAGGAUUUAAACUAUCGAAAUCGUGAUGUGGGUGAUGAUGAACAUCAAGAUAGAGCCUCUCUACUUUCUACUUAUGUAUAAAAAUAAAAAAGGAUUAAGGAUCGAUGAAGUGAGGAUAAAAAAAGUUUAAUAGAUAGAAAAAGUUGCAUAUUUAGCAUACUCUUUGUAAAAAUACCAAUAGAAUAGUAAA